AUGGCGGAAGCAUUUGGUAUAGCUGGCAGCGUGUUCGGCACUGUCUCCUUGGGCCUGCAACUCUUCAAAGAGAUUUCGCUAUAUCUCGAUGAUAUUGACGGCCGCGAAGAAGAUCUAAAGGAAGCACGCGAUUACGCGACCAACAUUCAGCUCUCACUCAACGCGCUUAAUACUGCGAUAUCUAACGCGCCUACUGGCGAUCCAGCGACCAAAAAUGCAAUUGAUUCAUGCAAAGCUUCAUGGGUCUCCACGGUCAGCAAUUUGUUGGCAGUUGUCAAAGAGCUCAGAGGCUCAACAAUAUCUACACUGAACAGCAACACCGCCAAGGCCAAAGAGCUUUGUACCAAAUUGAAGUACCCUUUCAAGAAGCAGAACAUAGAAAAGCUCGAGGAUAUUCUUUCGCGUACGAACAGUGUCCUGCAGACAAUAUUGCAAGUCUAUCAGCUCAACACUGGCCAUGCGACGACAUCUGCUAUUAAUAACAUGUACCAGGCCGUUACCAACCGCAAUGCAAUAUCGGAAAAGAACAAAGCAGCUUUGGAUGAAAUGUAUAAGACAUCGCAGCUUCAUGAUGACAAACUCAGUACUAUCCAAAAAGACGUUAGAGCUCUUCUGAUCCUUACACGAGCGUCAGAGGACCCAAAGCUCUUGCUGAGAGGAAUGGCCCAGCAGGUGUCUGAUCUCACCUCUCGCUAUUCUUUUAACGCCAAUUUGCUGCAAAACUCAGCAUCUGAAUCAUUCAACCCCAGUAUACAAACGACCAGUUAUCAGAGUGGUGAUAGCAUGACAUUUGAUGCCUUCUGCUCUUGCAAAACACAACAAACACGAUUUAGUCAACAUCGUUGGGGGCCUUUCGUUGUAGAGGCUGAAAUAAGAUCAAGGGAACAUCAUGCACCUGAAUGUCCCAUGUCAAAACUUCCUGCAUCAACCCGUCGAACUAAGCGAGUCUUGAGUCUCUCGAUUCCGACAAGUCAAAAGUUAUGGAGACGUGCCAGUAAAGUCUCGCUGUCAUUCACAACAGGUGCAGGUAUACUAGGCUUAGGUCAAAAGCUAACCUGGGUCGCGACAGUGGAUGCGGAUUCAUCCCCGGCAUUCCGAAUGGUGCGAACAAUCGGAUUCUAUGAACACCUUCAACUCAAAGACAUGCGUAUACUUUUGGCCUCAUGUUUGAGGCGACUUGUCUGGUGUUAUGCCAAUUAUCAUGCGUAUGUAACGGACGUAAACAAACAUGGUGAUUCGAUUAUCGAGUGGGCAUUAGAGCACUAUCAGCUCAGCGGCAGUAUGACAACUUCGAAUGCUGAUAAAAUGGCAGAGUUGUUUGAGAUGCUUUCUGUUGUCACGAAACCUGCAACAUAUCCCCGCAGGGUCACAGCCGCACCUGUUCCUGCUUUAUUGGCCAGAAGCAACUGGUUCUUCAAAUGUACAAGGCCUCAGCAAGUUGCAACAGCCCUUUUAUCGAAUUAUCACGAGUCGGUAGGCCAUUGUCACCGGGACUGGGCUAUAUCGUGGUGGCGAGGUAACGGCUUUGCCAGUGGCUCAUAUACACUCUUUCAGAGCUUUCCACGGGUAGUCGAAAGCUUAGAGUUUGGUCCACUGAGUCAAGCUAUUCUGAAACAAGAUCGAAACGGAGUCCAACAGUUCUUACAAAAAUACCCAUCAUAUAUCAAUGAGAUCAAUUACUGCGGCCAGUCACCCAUUCAUCUCGCUAUUGAGACGCAAAACAUGGAUAUUAUAGGUAUCAUCCUUCAAUAUGCGAACACUGAGGCCCUCAACGUCAUGGACAACAUGGGCCGCUAUCCUAUUGCUCUUGCGGCAACAUCAAUUGGAAACCAUACCGGGAGGGUUCAAGAAAACUGCGGCGGCUUCAAAGUGCUUGAAAUCCUCCUCGAAUUGGAAACGGCAAUUUUCCCCUCUUCGUUACAGCUCGGUUUCAUGCCAUCAAGAAACCACGGUGGUAACUGUACACAAGGUCACAAGAUCCUCAUCAAGGGUCUAGCACAAAGGCGAGAAGGAUUAAAAUCGGUCGCAUACCAAAGGCUUUCUCCAUCUGAAAGACAAGACUUGAAAAUUCAUCAAUCACAGAUCCUAGACAAAAAUGCUGCACGGGUACAGCGCCAAUUGGAAGCACAGGGUUACGAGAUACCAACCUACCUCAAAGUGUACGAAACAAACGCAGACUCGACGGAUUUCCAAUUGUCUAUCUACUCAUAUAUAUGUAGCGGUGAGGUCGCUGAAUAUGCCCGCCAAUUAGGUUUCCACUACUCCAGCAUCGAGUUGGCGGACUAUAUCUCCACUUUAGCUACUUGUAUGGGCACUGCAGACUGUCGUGCAUAUAUCUACACUCCAUUUUCGUGCUCAUAUUUCUGCUGGAUGAUUGACCAGGGUAUCAACGUCUCAUCAAGGAUUCAAAGCAAGCGAUUACCAAUAAUUGAGACAGAACUGACCAUCGCUCACUAUUUCAUGGCCCGUCAUGGAAUGAUGGCCAGAGGCGAUCGAGGAUUUACAAUGGACUGCCCAAUGUCACUAGAAGCUUUCAGAAUAGUCUUUUCUGAAAUUCUCGUCGACCGCUGCCGCUGCUGGUGUUCUCCAAGGGGAUGCACUCCUCUGGCGAAGCUUUUUGGCGGAAUACAUUGGUUCGAGAAGUCCACCCCUGAAGGCGACUUCAUUGAUCGGCUUAUCGGAGUAACGGAAAACCUGAUAGCUGGUCUCUUUUCCACACAUACAACCAAUAUUGACCAAUACCAAUGGAUCUAUGCGGCCAUCGUACGAUACUAUACGUUUGCUGAGCUGGGUCUGCGUCACGGUUGCUGCUCCAUCAUUGGGAAAGCUUCAGGUCCGGUGCCUGGAGAUGAGUUCCAGGAAAUCGAAGAGGAAGAUUAUUCUCUCCUUGAACUGUUCGAAAUCCUUCUUGUAGAGUUCGAAGAUAGCCGUUACCACGAUAUAAGCCUGGAGGAAUUCUUCGAAUGGAUGCGCAUGAAAUGGGCCCCAAGAAUGCAGACGGUUAGGGAAGAGCUUAAUUCUCAAAAGCUUACAAAUGAGCAACUGGGGGAUGCCGAGUCAGUCGGGGUGGUUUGGGAAGUUUAUGGGCCAAAGCCGAUGGAAAAGGAACCUGACUUGCCCGAAUGGCGAGAGUUUGACUUAUGGGAUGCUAUGGAUCAACUAGACGAGAUUGCUACAGAUCCAGAGAGGCCGGCAAAGGAAAGCCUAUAG